AACUUCUGCAAAGUCUCGUACAAUCCAAAGCACGCAAGGCAAAACCAGAGAGAAUCUGAGAACCAGCCAGCCCGGGUUGGAUCGCUUUCAAAAGAGAGCGAGCGAGCGAGCGAGAGACAGUGAGAGAGGGAGAGAGCGCGCCUUGCAAUUGCAAAAGCCUUCUGAUUUGGAGUUAAAAAAAAAAAAAAAAAAAUUCUCCAAGAAGCCUGCAAUUGGCCAACAGCUUUUUUAAAAAUCUCUUCCGGGUUUUCAACGGUUCCAAGUUUAUUUAGAUGUAUUUUUUUUAAUGCAAAAAAAAGGGGACAACAAAUGAAGCAAUUCGUCUGAGCAUUUUAAAGUUUCUCACGUACUCUUUUUACAUUGCAAUGGAUGAAUUUCAUCCUUUCAUCGAAGCACUUCUGCCCCACGUCCGAGCCUUUGCCUACACAUGGUUCAACCUGCAGGCCCGAAAACGAAAAUACUUCAAAAAACAUGAAAAGCGUAUGUCAAAAGAAGAAGAGAGAGCCGUGAAGGAUGAAUUGCUAAGUGAAAAACCAGAGGUCAAGCAGAAGUGGGCAUCUCGACUUCUGGCAAAGUUACGGAAAGAUAUCCGACCCGAAUAUCGAGAGGAUUUUGUUCUUACAGUUACAGGGAAAAAACCUCCAUGUUGUGUUCUUUCCAACCCAGACCAGAAAGGCAAGAUGCGAAGAAUUGACUGCCUCCGCCAGGCAGAUAAAGUCUGGAGGUUGGACCUUGUUAUGGUGAUUUUGUUUAAAGGUAUUCCGCUGGAAAGUACUGAUGGCGAGCGCCUUGUAAAGUCCCCACAAUGCUCUAAUCCAGGGCUCUGUGUCCAACCCCAUCACAUAGGGGUUUCUGUUAAGGAACUCGAUUUAUAUUUGGCAUACUUUGUGCAUGCAGCAGAUUCAAGUCAAUCUGAAAGUCCCAGCCAGCCAAGUGACGCUGACAUUAAGGACCAGCCAGAAAAUGGACAUUUGGGCUUCCAGGACAGUUUUGUCACAUCAGGUGUUUUUAGUGUGACUGAGCUAGUAAGAGUGUCACAGACACCAAUAGCUGCAGGAACUGGCCCAAAUUUUUCUCUCUCAGAUUUGGAAAGUUCUUCAUACUACAGCAUGAGUCCAGGAGCAAUGAGGAGGUCUUUACCCAGCACAUCCUCUACGAGCUCCACAAAGCGCCUCAAGUCUGUGGAGGAUGAAAUGGACAGUCCUGGUGAGGAGCCAUUUUAUACAGGCCAAGGGCGCUCCCCGGGAAGUGGCAGCCAGUCAAGUGGAUGGCAUGAAGUGGAGCCAGGAAUGCCAUCUCCAACCACACUGAAGAAGUCGGAGAAGUCGGGUUUCAGCAGCCCCUCCCCUUCGCAGACCUCCUCCCUGGGAACGGCGUUCACACAGCAUCACCGACCUGUCAUUACAGGACCCAGAGCAAGUCCACAUGCAACACCGUCGACUCUUCAUUUCCCGACAUCACCCAUUAUCCAGCAGCCUGGGCCUUACUUCUCACACCCAGCCAUCCGCUAUCACCCUCAGGAGACGCUGAAAGAAUUUGUCCAACUUGUCUGCCCUGAUGCUGGUCAGCAGGCUGGACAGGUGGGGUUCCUCAAUCCCAAUGGGAGCAGCCAAGGCAAGGUGCACAACCCAUUCCUUCCCACCCCAAUGUUGCCACCGCCACCACCACCACCGAUGGCCAGGCCUGUGCCUCUGCCGGUGCCAGACACGAAGCCUCCGACCACGUCAACAGAAGGAGGUGCAGCCUCCCCCACGUCACCAACCUACUCGACACCCAGCACCUCCCCCGCAAACCGAUUCGUCAGUGUUGGACCACGGGAUCCAAGCUUUGUAAAUAUCCCUCAACAGACACAGUCCUGGUACCUGGGAUAAAAGUUGCAGCGUCCCACCAUCCACCAGACAGACCACCUGACCCCUUCUCAACUCUGUAACAUGGACGCAACCUCAACCCAGCGCAGUUACAACUUCACUGUCAGUGGAAGGGGAGAAAAACCGAUUCAAAUCAACUUGUACAUGGAAACAGCAAGCAUUAUGGUCAAACAGCAAAGGCCAUAACCUUUUGGGAUUUUUUUUUUUAAAUACUUUAGGGACUGUUGUAAUUUCUCAUAUGGUGCUGGAAAUGGUUGGGCUUUGUAACAUUUGAAGUGUUUCCAUGGUAGCGUGAGCAUUAGGUGACGUGGCUAGCAGAGGACUACCCUUGCUCACUGACUUCCUGUUGUAACACACUUUCCUUACGGAGCCCGGCUGUUUCACAGUAUUUCAUGAAUUUACCCACACAGGUGUGAUCCUCCUUGAGCAUUGAGGAGGCACAUGGAGAACUAAAUCUUUUGUAGUAGCUGAGAUCUGCAAUAUAUAACUUACAGGACAGUCAAAGGGCAAUGUUUUUCUGUAACAUAUUGGAAAAAGAAAAUGCAGUUGUAUUCCUUUUUUAUUUGUUCUUUUAGUUUGUUUUGGUUCAGCAGUCAGCAGUUAAGUAUAUAACAUGGCCCGCAAGGACAAUGAAUCCACUCACAUUGCAGAACAAUUCCGAAAAUGGCAAACUACUACUACUACUGUUCAGUUUUUUAAAAGUUUUGAAAUGCUGCACUUACAUUAAAAAAAAAACAACAACAACAUUUUUUCAACAAUUUCAACAAUGACACAAAAAUUCACAUGGAAAUGGGGAAGAUGGUCUGUUUUGACAGAAACUGACAGGAAUCAAUCAAAACAAUCGAAUUUUGAAUUGAGUAAAGUGCAAUUUCAUUGGAUAGCUAAAUAUCUUUGUAAGAUAGAGAUUGUUGAAAAUUCUAUUUUUGUUUUUCAAGUCCUUUCACCCCAGGACUCUAAAUUAUUGGGGUAAAAAACAGCCUUGCAAGAAAAAGGGGAGCUAUUUUUGCUUUUUAUGUUUUUUAUUGUUAAACUUGUAUCCCUUUAAAAACUGAAGGAAAUUUAAAAAAAAAAAACAAAAAAACAAAUCUAAUGGUGCUUUUACCACAAUAUGUUAACUACAUUAAAUGCUAAUUAAUUAUUUUCUGUUAUCAAAGCACAUGACUAAAAUGAAAUCAUGGUAUCUGUUAAUUUUAUAAGCUAGAAGUCACUAUAAUGGAUUAUGCCAAUUCUAAAAAAUUUUACACGUAUCUGGCAUCAUAGGAUUUAUCAGUUAUCAGACACCUCAUUGUACCAGAGAUUGUCCAGAAGUUUUAAAGACCUUUGCGUCCCUGAACUGGGCUAUGGGAAAUAAUAAUAGUAACAAUAAUAAUAAUAAUGAAACCAAUACUGACACAAAUGCUGGUGCCCAUUCAGAUCAAGGGGUACUUGUUAGGGAAAAAAAGAGUUUGCACCCCCAAAUGUCCUGUAUCUUAUGAAAAAAAAAAACAAAAACAAAAACAAAAAAAAA